AUGGACAUCAAGUUUUGCAAGACCAACCUCCUCAUUGAGCACAAGGAGUUGGAUGGGAGACCCCCUGUGUACACAUUAGUUGGGCAUGAGGAUGAUUGCGAGAAGAGGAGCCUGAGCUCGAUCGAGCUGAGGAUCGAGCUGAGGAUCGAGCUGAAAUCAGGUCCAGGAGAGCGGAUUUGGGUGAGCCUGAGUGCUACUACUUUGAGGAGUAUGAGGCUCCAAGGAUGA